CAUUCGCUGAGUGGACAAAAGGAGCCGGAGAACCGACAGCAGGAGGUAAAGAAAUAUCUCAUCCCAGUGGGAAAACUGCUUUGUGUCUGAAAUGAAGUUUUCUGUUGUAACUCUGUGCUAUCCACAGGAACCGGGGUGCUAACAACCCACCAGCAUUUGUUCAUUGGAGAUCAGUUCUUCCACUGCAUUGACAGUGCGAGGGGUCAGUCCAUCUGACAUCUCACUUUCUGACUUGCCAGAGAAUUGAUAAAGAGCUGUGGAAAGAGAUUCAUUUAAACAUUCCAUCUACUCAGACUUUGGGAAGGGACUCACUCAGUUAUCUGACAUACUGGCACACUAGUCAGUUCAUACUGGGGAGAUGUCAUUCACCUGCUCAGAGUGUGGGAAAGGAUUUCGUUGGUCAUAUCAACUGAAGGAACAUCAGCGAAUUCACACUGGGGAGAAGCCCUUUACCUGCUCAGACUGUGGGAAAAGUUUUCCUCGAUCAUUUCAACUGAAGCUACAUCAGCGAGUUCACACUGGGGAGAGGCCGUUCACCUGCUCAGAUUGUGGGAAGGGAUUCACUCGGUCAUCUGACCUACUGGCACACCAGUUAGUUCACAGUGGAGAGAGGCCUUUCACCUGCUCAGACUGUGGGAAGGGAUUCACUCGGUCUUCUCAACUUAAGAUACAUCAGCGAGUUCACACUGGGGAGAGGCCAUUCAUCUGCUCAGAAUGUGGGAAGGGAUUCACUCAUUCAUCCCACCUACAAAGGCACAAGCGAGUUCACACAGGAGAGAGGCCAUUCAUCUGUUCUGAAUGUGGGAAGGGAUUCACUCGAUCGUCUCACCUACUGACACACCAGUCAAUUCACACUGGAAAAAGACCGUUCACCUGUUCAGACUGUGGGAAGGGAUUCACUCGGUCUUCUUACCUACUGGCACACCAGUUAGUUCACACUGCAGAGAGGUCGUUCACCUGCUCAGACUGUGGGAAGGGAUUCACCCGAUCAUCUGACCUUCUGGCACACCAGUCAGUUCAUACUGGAGAGAAACCAUUCACCUGCUCAGACUGUGGAAAGGGAUUUUCUCGGUCAUCUCAACUGAAGAUACAUCAGCGAGUUCACACGGGAGAGAGGCCAUUCACCUGCUCAGAUUGUGGGAAGAGAUUCACUCAGUCAUCUGACCUAUUGGCACACCAGCGAGUUCACACUAGGGAAAGGCCUUUCACCUGCUCAGACUGUGGGAAAGGGUUCACUCGGUCAUCUCAACUGAAGCUACAUCAGCGAGUUCACACGGGAGAGAGGCCGUUCACCUGCUCAGACUGUGGGAGGGGAUUCACUCGGUCGUCUAAGCUGAAGCUACACAGGCGAGUUCACACGGGAGAGAGACCGUUCACCUGCUCUGAAUGUGGGAAGGGAUUCACACAAUCAUCUCACCUACUGGUACACCAAUUAGUUCACACUGGAGAGAGGCCGUUUACCUGCUCAGACUGUGGGAAGGGAUUCACUUGGUCAUCUCAACUAGUGGUACACCAGCGUAAACACACUGUGAAAAGGCUGUUCACCUGCUCUGAAUGUGGGAAGGAAUUCACACAAUCAUCUCACCUACUAGCUCACAAAUUAGUUCACACUGGGGAGAGGCCAGUAACCUGCUCAGAAUGUGGGAAGAGUUUCACUAACUCAUCCCACCUGCAGAGGCACAAGCGAGUUCACACAGGAGAGAGGCCGUACAUCUGCUCUGAAUGUGGUAAGGGAUUCGCUCGUUCAUCUGAUCUACUGGCACACCGGUCAGUUCACACUGGGGAGUGGCCGUUCACCUGCUCAGUCUGUGGGAUGGGAUUCACUCGGUCGUCUGACCUACUGGCACACCGACGAGUUCACACUGGGGAGAAACCAUUCACCUGCUCAGACUGUGGGAAGGGAUUUCCUCGAUCAUCCCAACUGAAACUACAUCAGCGUGUUCACACUGGGGAGAGGCCAUUCACCUGCUCACACUGUGGGAGGGGUUUCACUAACUCAUCCCACCUACAGAGACAUCAGCGAGUUCACACAGGAGAGAGGCCGUACAUCUGCUCUGAAUGCGGUAAGGGUUUCACUCGGUCAUCUGACCUACUGGCACACCAGUCACUUCAUACUGGGGAGUGGCCGUUCAGCUGCUCAGACUGUGGAAAGGGUUUCACUCGAUCAUCUGACCUACUGGCACACCAGCGAGUUCACAUCGGGGAGAAACCAUUCACCUGCUCAGACUGUGGGAAGGGAUUUCUUCGGUCAUCUCAACUAAAAUUACAUCAACGAGUUCACACUGGGGAGAGGCCAUUCACCUGCUCACACUGUGGGAAGGGUUUCACUAACUCUUCAAACCUACAGAGACACCAGCGAGUUCACACAGGAGAGAGGCCAUUCACUUGUUCCUUUUGUGGGAAGGGAUUCACUCACUCAUACCACCUAAAAACACACCAAUCAGUUCACACUAGGGAGAUGCUGUUCACCUGCUCGAUCUGUGGGGAGGGAUUCACUCAAUCAACUGACCUGCUGGCCCACCAGCAAAUUCACAAUGGUGUGAGGCAGCUUACCUGCUCAGAUGUGGAAGGGGAUUUCCUUGGUCAUUUUAAGUGAAGGUACAUCAUCACAUUCACACAGGGAAGAGGCUGUUCACAUGUUCUCUGCCUGGGAAGGGAUUCACUCAUACGUCCCACUUGGAAACACACCAGUCUGUUCACACUGGGGAGAGGUUGUUCACCUGUUCAGACUGUGGGAAGGGAUCAAAAUCAGCUCAGCUUCUGGCAAAGUAGUUAAUUCACAGGGGAGAAACUGUUCACCUGCUCAAACUGUGGGAAGGGAUUUCCUCAGUUAUCCUGGCUCCUGGCCACAUCUGGUCACUGGACAUCGGAGGAGUUUCUUCUGCUGAUAUUCUCCUUUAAUGUGACUGGAGUUUAAUAUUCUAGAUCUGUGACAAAUAAAUCAGUUCUAAACUCUG